CCCCCAGCUCCAGCCUCUCUGACUCUGGAUCCGAACACAGCGCAUCCCCGGCUCAUCCUGUCUGAGGACCGGACCAGUGUGAGAUUCGGAGUCAAAAACCAGCCGCUCCCUGACUCCCCGGUGAAAUUUGGUUCCUGGGAAUGUGUUCUUGGAUCAGAGGGAUUCACAUCAGGGAGACAUUACUGGGAGGUGGAGGUGGGGCAGAAGACCUGGUGGUAUCUGGGAGUGGCCCGAGAGUCUGUGAAGAGGAAAGGGGGCAUCGAACUAAACCCAGAAACCGGAUUCUGGAUUGUGUGGCUGAUUCCAGGAAAAGGUUAUUUUGCCUCCACCUCUCCCUCACCAACCCCACUCUACCCGAGCGUGAAUCCCCGGAAGAUUGGAGUUUUCCUGGACUGUGAGGGUGCACGGGUGUCAUUUUACAAUGCGGACACCAUGUCCCAUCUCCACACUUUCACCCACACUUUCACUGAGAGGCUCUUUCCCUUCUUCUGUCCGGGAAGGAAUAUUGACGGGAAAAACUCCGCCCCGCUGACAAUCUGCGGGAUUAAAGGGCACUGACAGAUCCAUCCCAUAAUUUCACCCCGUCCCCCUGUCUCCUGCCAGCUGUAAACUGAUGGAGGUCGGUCUCAGUCUGGGGGAAAGAAGGAGGGAGGGGGAGAGAAGAAACAAAUAGAAGCUCAAUUGUAGAGAGGGACUGACUGGGUCGAGUGAGCUGUGAGCUGCAGGAACCCGGGGACCUUCCUGCCUGUAAUGGUGCUCCACAGGCGGGAGGUGGCGCUACAUGACGGUGUUGGAGAUGAAUCAGUCAGUGGGUCUCAGACUGGGUUCAGGGAAGUCUUUCCAGGGGGAGACCAAAUCAUUUCAAUGCAGGUCAGUGGAGUCUUUCCAGGGGGACUGGGCUCAGUCAAAAUAAAAAUGUCAGAUUGAUCUUC